AUUAAAGUGUGAGAAUGGCAUUCUCUAGCACUAUGAUUCUUCCACUACUUCUAGUCCUGCUUUCAGCUUUCUCGGCAACUUCAAAGUCUGUUCAAGAAAACUUCAUGCAAUGCCUUGAUGCCAAUUCUGAGCAUCCCAUUCCCAUCUCUGCUUUUUGCUUCCAAACCAACUCUUCAUUUACUUCUGUCCUCAACUCCACUGCACAAAACCUCAGGUACUUGAUGCCGUUAGUGCCAAAGCCCGAAUUUAUCUUCAUACCUGUCUAUGAGUCUCAUGUCAAAUCUGCUGUUAUUUGUGCAAAAAAACUUGCAAUUCACCUAAGAUUCCGCAGCGGAGGACAUGACUAUGAGGGCCUCUCUUAUGCAUCUGAAAUAGAGACACCUUUCAUUUUGUUAGAUCUUAUCCAGCUUCGGUCCAUCAAUGUCGAUAUCGAUGACAAUAGCGCUUGGGUGCAAGCUGGUGCCACGGUGGGGGAAGUUUAUUAUAGAGUCUCUGAGAAAAGCAAGACUCAUGGCUUCCCUGCCGGUCUUUGCUCAAGCCUAGGCAUUGGUGGACACAUAACAGGAGGUGCAUAUGGUUCCAUGAUGAGAAAGUACGGUCUUGGUGCGGACAAUGUCCUUGAUGCUCGAAUUGUUGAUGUUAAUGGCGAAAUCCUCGACAGAGCAGCCAUGGGCGAAGAUCUGUUUUGGGCAAUCAGAGGAGGUGGAGGAGCAAGCUUCGGUGUCAUCCUCUCAUGGAAAAUAAAGCUGGUUGCUGUUCCAGAAACAGUAACUGUUUUCACAGUUCCGAAGACAUUGGAACAAGGUGCCACAAAGAUCCUAUAUAGAUGGCAGCAAGUUGCAGAUAAGCUGGAUGAUGAUCUUUUCAUCAGAGUCGUCAUUCAAGUUACAAAAACAAGCCAAAAAGGUAAGAGAACAGUGACAACAGCCUACAAUGCCCUGUAUCUAGGAGAUGCUGAGAGGCUCCUUCAAGUAAUGGACCAAAGCUUCCCGGAGUUGGGUUUGGCGCGAAAAGACUGUAUCGAAACAAGCUGGAUAAAAUCUGUGCUCUACAUAGCUGGGUUCCCAAGUGAAACACCUCCAGAAGUACUGCUGGAAGGAAAGUCUUUAUUCAAGAAUUAUUUCAAAGCCAAAUCUGAUUUUGUGCAACAACCUAUCCCUGAAACCGCUCUUGGGAGGCUGUGGGAAAUGUUGUUGGAAGAAGAGUCUCCGUUGAUGAUAUGGAACCCUUACGGAGGAAUGAUGGCAAACAUUUCGGAUUCUGCAAUUCCUUUCCCUCACAGAAGAGGUAACUUAUUCAAAAUCCAGUACGUGACCUCCUGGUACGAGGGAAGCAAGGGCGCCACCCGAAAGCACAUGGAUUGGAUUAAGGGGCUGUAUGAUUACAUGAGUGCUUAUGUUCCAACAUCUCCCAGGGCGGCAUAUGUCAAUUACAGAGACCUCGAUUUGGGAAUGAACCACAAGAACGCUAGCUUCACCGAGGCUAGUGUUUGGGGCGCCAUGUAUUUCAAGGGCAAUUUCCGAAGAUUGGUAAAAAUAAAAAGCAAAGUUGAUCCCGGUAAUUUUUUCAGGCAUGAGCAGAGCAUUCCAGUUGUCCUGGAAUAGGAGGAGAACAAGGACCGCGCUUAAAUAAAAUAGAUUAUCCUUGUUUAGUGCUUUCUUUGCCCUUUCCAGUAAAGCAAAUUAAGAUGACUAUACAAUAAGACAUGCAUGUUUUUGUUAAUUAAUUGUUAAAGAGGUAGUACGAAUCCUUCCUUUCGUUUUUCUA